UUGUGUUUAUAAUGUAUUUUAAAGAAGUGCUGACUAUUUGUUUAACUUCUUUUACGAUGAAAGUAAGGUUAAUGUCGAUUUAGCGAAGGAAACGUCUUCUGUUCGUUGAGAUAAGUGUUUGUGUGCGGUUGUAUUCAUGCAGCCAGAGCUAAUCCAGGUAAACUGGAGUAGCGAUGAAGAACUGGUACAAGUAAGGUGGUCAGACUCCGAUUCUGGGGACCCAGUGAAUUGUUCUAUGACCAAAUUACAAGACAUUACAGGAUCUGCUGACUGUGCUGUGACAGAUAGCGAACAAGUACAGCGCGAUGAGGAAUAUUUAGACAUUUGGGAUAGUGAUGAAAGCUUAAUGUUUUUGUCUUCUACAGAUUCUGAACAUGACAUCGAACAGGUUUUAGCUAAGCCGAAAAAGAAAACAGAAAACAAGUACAUUCAAAGUGAGGUAAAGUCAGAAGGAAGAAUGAAAUUAAAAGCAUUGAAGUUUCUUAGUAUUAAGACAGCGCUUAACACACCCUGCUAUUGUGGAAAACGGUGUAUUAUGCAGUUGAAUAUUAAUUCUGUCCGUGAUAUUCGUGAAAAAUUCUGGCAUAAUCCAAAAUUGACUAGGAUAACACUGCUGAAAGCAUCAUAUGAAAAAUCUGAAAAAGUCGGAAAAUACAGGUACUUUUCAGUACAGUCUAAAAAACAAGAAAUACAAUUAUGUACAAAAGCAUUUUUGGCUGCAUUGAGAGUUAACAAGAAUACAUUAACUACAGUUGCUGAUAUGUGCAUGAAUAACAAGGAAGCUCCAACUGGGAAAUCUCCACGUAACUGGGACAAAAGCACUCUACUUUUGAUUGCUUGGCUGGAGGAUUACUUCAGAUUUCAUGGCGAAAGAAUGCCUCACCGAAACGAGAUUGUGAUGCCAUAUGGAACAGUGAAAAGUCAUAUUUAUGAACAAUACAAAAUGGAUGUGGAAAAUCCAGUGAGCAAAAGCCAGUUCUACAAGAAAUGGAUUGACAGCUUCCAGUUUGUUAAAACGAAAAAGACCAACAGCUUCAGCAAAUGUACAACUUGUGUGACAUUAGAAAGGCUAAUGAGCAAAACCACCUCUUUCGAGAUGCGUGCUUUCUACAAGAAAAAGAAAGAAGAGCAUAAUAUUCGUCAAAUGUUAGAAAGGAAGUACUAUUACAACAAAAAAGACCAGGCACAACGCAAUCCAAGCCAGCACAUGUCCAUAAUUAUCGAUGGUAUGGAUCAAGCAAAGACCAAUUUGCCACAUUUUGCUGGGAGGAACCCAAAGAAUCUGCAUGCAGUGGAUCUUCUGCAUACUGAUGUCACUGGAGUGCUAAGUCACGGGCAUGGAGGGUUUCAUGCCUAUGUGGACAUUAAUGAAUAUCCUCAUGAUCCCAACUUGACAAUCAACAUCAUACUUAAAGAGCUACUACGUCAAGCGAGGGCAAAUAACAACUUCCUGCCUCCAAAUUUGUUUAUCCAAGCAGACAACUGUUGGAGGGAAAAUAAGAACCGUUAUGUAUUUGCAUUUCUGGAAUUGUUAGUGGCAGAAAAGGUUUUCCAUGAGGUUCAUAUGUCCUUCCUUAUUGUUGGCCACACGCAUGAAGACAUUGAUGCAAAAUUUAGUGAGGUUUCCAGGCUGUUAAAUACUAAAGAUGCUGAAUAUUUUGAUGACUUCUUAAACGUUUUGAAAAAUGCAGAGCGUAUCACACAAUUAUUUGAUGUUAAGUCAUGGAUUGAGGGUGAUUUGAACAAAGUUGACCACAUCACCCAACCUUUGCACUUUAAAUUUGUUUCUGUGGACGGUGGUGUAAAAGUGUUUUAUAAAGGGGUACAAUCUCAGCCGUGGUCAGCCCUUAAUGGGAACUUUUUGAAUAAAGCGCCAAGUGGAAAGCCAGAAAUAUUGAAGCCAAAUUUUAGUAAAAUUGAAAUAGAUAAAAAUGUUAAACAAAUUAAAGCUCUGAAACUAAUUUUCAAAAAGCAGGAUAGUACACAAAAGUGGCUAGACUUUUACGAAUCGCUCAAUUCCAACAUGGACUGUUUAGAUUCUGGAGUAUUUCCUUUAACACUGCUACCGAGACAACCUAUAAGGCAGGCCUUUCCACCAGGACAAGGAAUGGUUCCUGAAGUUCGUGAACUGAUUGAAAAGGAAAACAGACAGCCAUUGGUACAGAUAAAAAAGCGGAAAACUGGAGACGAAGCUUCUGACCUCAGGGUUGCCAAAAAGAAGAAUGAUAACACUUCUGGUGGGAAAGGGUUUGGCAAAAGGAAGAGAAGAUUUAUAUAUGGUUAUUGCAAGAACUUCUGCGUCAAUCUUUAUUAGAACACAUGGGUUUAUUCCAACCCAGAGUUUCAUUUUAUGGUGAAAUUGGAUCAGUCAAUUGAAUUUGUUUUAGCAAAUAUACGUCUCUGGUGGGCAAAAAUAAGACACUAUUAUUGAGGUGUAGUGUUUAACAAUUUGUAUCCAGUCAAAUGUUCCUUAUUUCGCCAGUUGUCUUUAUAAUCCCCCGAAAGUAUUGAGUGAGAUGUCCUUUAUAAGCUAUUGUAACUGUACAUUUGUUCAUAUGCAUUUUUCUACCAAUUUUCGAUUUCGGUUUAGAAAUGCUUUGUAUGAACUUGUCUUCACAUAAAAAUGCUUUAUUAUGUUCCCCUUCGAAGAAGAGGGGGUAUAUUGUCUUGCUCAUGUUGGUCCGUCCGUAUGUCCGUCUGUCCACCAGAUGGUUUCCAGAUGAUAACUCAAGAACACUUAGGCCUAGGAUCAUGAAACUUCAUAGGUACAUUGAUCAUGACACACAGAUGACCCCUAUUGAUUUUGAGGUCACUAGGUCAAAGGUCAAGGUCACGGUGACCCGAAAUAGUAAAAUGGUUUCCGGAUGAUAACUCAAGAAGGCUUAUGCCAAGGAUCAUGAAACUUCAUAGGUACAUUGAUCAUGACUCACAGAUGACCGCUAUUGAUUUUCAGGUCACUAGGUCAAAGGUCAAGGUCAUGGUGACCCGAAAUAGUAAAAUGGUUUCCGGAUUAUUACUCAAGAACUCUUAUGCCUAGGAUCAUGAAACUUCAUAGGUACAUUGAUCAUGAAUCGCAGAUGACCCUAUUAAUUUCAGGUCAUAAGGUCAAGGUCAGGGUGACUCGAAACAGUAAAAUGGUUUCCGGACGAUAACUCAAGAAUGCUUACACCUAGGAUCAUGAAAAUUCAUAGGUUCAUUGAUCAUGACUGGCAGAUAACCCCUAAUAAUGUUCA